GUGAAAGAGCGAAAAACCACACCAAACGGCUAUAAUUGACGAUACAAGGUUGGGGUAGAAAGAAGAGGAAUAGAAAGAGAGAGAGAACCUUAAAGGUCGUAGCUUUACUGGGUUUUUGCCUGUUUGAAGAAUUUUUUGUUGCAAUUUUGGCACCUUCGUUUGGAAGGGGUUGAUCUAGUUUCAAUCUUCUUAUUCAUAAAACAGUACCCAUAAACCAAUUCUGCACUUGCUUUCCUUUUCUUCUCAUAUCCUCCCAACCCAAGAAAAAAAAAACGAAACGGAAACAGAAAAAGAUACUCUUUUUUUGUGUGGGUUCUUCACCAUGUCUGAGGGGUAUUAUAAUUCCAAGAAGACUGAUGAUAUCUGCGAUGAAGUUUGUGGGCAGCAGGGAACUCCUGCAGCAUUGAGCAUGUCAAGACUCGGUUGCAUUUUACGGGGAUUGGACUUCAAAACUUACAUAUUUGUAUUUGUGGUCCUACCAGUAAGCAUCUUUGGGCUCUAUUUGCAUGGACAGAAAAUAACUUACUUUCUAAGACCACUAUGGGAAUCUCCUCCAAAACCCUUCCAUGAAAUCCCUCACUAUUAUCAUGAGAAUGUGUCAAUGGAGUCUCUCUGCAAACUUCAUGGUUGGAGAAUCCGUGAAUACCCAAGACGAGUCUUCGAUGCAGUUUUGUUUAGCAAUGAAGUUGACAUGCUUACUAUCCGAUGGAAAGAAAUGCGUCCUUAUGUGACACAGUAUGUACUUCUUGAAUCAAACUCAACAUUCACAGGAUUUGUCAAACCAUUGGUUUUUGCAAGCAAUAGGGACAAGUUCAAGUUUGUUGAAUCCCGAUUGACUUAUGGGGUGAUUGGAGGAAGAUUUAAGAGGAAGGAAAAUCCUUUUGUUGAAGAGGCAUAUCAAAGAGUUGCCCUGGAUCAGCUUCUGAGGAUAGCAGGCAUAGAAGAUGAUGAUCUCUUGAUAAUGUCUGAUGUUGAUGAGAUUCCUAGUGCUCACACAAUUAAUCUCUUGAGGUGGUGCGACGAAACCCCUCCUGUUCUUCAUCUUCAACUGAGGAACUACUUAUACUCUUUCGAGUUCUUUCUUGACAACAAAAGUUGGAGAGCAUCAAUCCAUAGAUACCAGGCUGGUAAGACUAGGUAUGCACACUAUAGACAGGCUGAUCUACUGUUGUCAGAUGCUGGCUGGCAUUGUAGUUUCUGUUUCCGCCAUAUCAGUGAUUUCAUAUUUAAGAUGAAGGCUUACAGCCAUUACGAUCGGGUGCGGUUUCCUCAUUACUUGAACCCUGACAGGAUUCAGGAUGUUAUAUGCAAAGGUGCUGACUUAUUUGACAUGCUUCCUGAAGAGUAUACAUUUAAGGAGAUAAUUGGGAAAUUGGGACCUAUUCCUCAUUCUUAUUCAGCAGUGCAUCUUCCUGCAUAUUUGUUGAAUAAUGCAGAGAGAUACAAGUUCUUGUUGCCUGGUAACUGCAUAAGAGAAAGUGGCUGACUUUGAAUGUAGAUGUUUCGUUUAAUGUUGGAAAAUUGAUAAUGUAUUACACCAAAGGAGCUCUAUUGAAUGACUUAUAGCUAUGAAUGUAGGUCAUUCUUUAGGGGGAUAUUCAGAAAAUCCUGAUGCAAUUUCGAAAUUUGACAGGAACCUUUGUAUAUCCAAUUUCAAAUACUGGGGUUUUGUUUUAAACCAGGUAUGCAGGCAUGUGAGAUUCUCAAGUCUGGAGGAUGUGAGGGAAAUAGUCUUUUAUAUAUGCCCUUUGGGCAAGCUUUUGUACCUUCUCUUUGGGUAUGCAUGAACCCCAAGUUGCCUAUAGUAGCAUGACAUUUCCCAAGCUUUUCUAGUGGGGAUUUGGAUUUCUUGGUCUAAGUUAUAUUCUAACCACUUUGGAUGUGUACUAAUUCAUCUUUAAUUUAAUUUUGAUCAGUGUUGACUUUAGAUUCCUUUUCUCGAGGUAUUU